AUGCUGGCAAAUUCAGGCUCAGCUUCCUUGUCAUCAACUAAUAAAUGGCAUUCAACAGCAACGCAUACUUCAUCUUCAAUCACAACAACCCAAGGCUAUCGUAAUCGCCCAUCAAUUCCUUUAUCAGAUAUUUCAUCUAAUAUAAAUGCAGCAGCAAUGAGAACUUUUUCAAGAAGAUGUGUUUAUGUUAAAGAAGUUAUUAGUGUUAAUAAUAGUGCGUCACAUUUACCAUUGGUAUCAUCAGAUAAUAGUUGUACAAGUGCAAGUGAAUGUGAAAGUGGAGAAUUAAGUUCAGAUGAAUAUCCAUCGCAAAUUAAAGUUAAACCUAAAUCAAUUAGUCAUUUUCAAGAAAAUCCAUCUAUAGAUUUAACACAUGAAAUGGGAACUUUAGCACAAUUGCUUAAUCAUUCAUUUACUGGCCAUAAAAAUAUAUCGAUGAUGUCUCAACGACAUGAAUCAGAUAUUCAUCGUCAUGAAGUACCUGAUAAUCGAAUGCGUUCGUCCUCAUCAAUAUCAUCAACGCCUCGAAUUGAAAGUCCACGAAAAACGCGUCGUAUGUCUGAUCAUUUAUCUACAACCAUUGAGCGACAAAAGACGCGUAGUGAACAACGAAAUAAUGCAUAUAUACAAUUGAAACAUUUAGCUCAGCGACGUUUAAAUGUUGUUGCAGAACUUGUUACUUUAGAUGAACAAUACGAAGCAACGCUUGGCAAAUUAUUACUUCCAGGCAAUCAUUAA